GUCUUCUUACCAGAGUUCAGUUUCUCGUGAAAUGGUAUGUACUGUAUAAUUAUUUUAUUAUUUACCCUUGGUAACCUUGUUACGCAUUCUAUAAUUUUAUAAACGCAUAACAUUUUCCCUCAGGGGCUGUAGCUAUCUUUAAUUGUAGCUGCAGUACGGGCUUAACGAUCCCGAGGUACCCAAGCUAAAGAGGACUCGUAAGCCCCAAUAGGAAUGUAAAGAAUGUAAUUUAAGAAGUUAAAGAUCUCAUAUAUGCGAACCAAAUUAAAUGUGACAUGGAAGAAAACACAUGUACAAGCCUGUGAUUUAUAAUAAACAAGGAGAAAUGGGUACAAUAAUCAAUAAAGUUCUUCAAUCUCAUAAAAUAAAAAAAAGAAACAAAUAUCCAAACAAUCUUUCCGCUUCACGGAACAAUAUUGAGUCUUGUACAUAUUUUCUUGGCGGCUGAAAAGCAAAACUCUAUCAUUUUCGCGGUAAAUUCAUGUAGGUUCGUUUCUGGGUAUCGCAAUUGCCUGUAAACAAGAAUUUUCGGGCCACUAGAAUUUUUUCAGACUAAUCCCAGCGGAAAGUUGCGAGGAGUCAGAGAUGGGCAAAACUCUAGGCUUCGAAUAAAUCUGAAGUUUGCCGAUGUGUUUGUCUCGUUUCUUCCUCUGGGAAAUGUUCGGAAGAGGAAAAGAGGCAAACAUAUCGGCAGACUUUAGAUUUAUUCGAAUCCUAGGGUUUUGCCCAUCACUGCGAGGAGUAGGCUAUUUUAAUCGCGUUCAUCGUUCGAGAGGUUUAAGUAGGGCAUGUUUCGCAUCGAUAUAGGUUAACAGAGAAAUAGAGGGGGUACGGCUCACGUGUUACCAAACGUGCUGUGCGAUGCGGAACAGUCGGUCGCUACGCGCGAAAGAUACGCGAUACUCGUCGGGGUUUCAGUUCUCAUAGAUAUCGCCGACUGGAACGCAGCAUGGUGUGGUUUAUUUUCGCGUUUACCAAGAACUUAGUGAAAACGUUCGUUUCUUCGUUAACUUUAUACUAUUUUCGCGUUUAAAUCAUUCGCGUGGUGCGUCGUUUAACAAUUUUAAAUACAUAAGGUGAAAACUUUUAUUCCGUGAUUUUUAACGAGUUUAAUAUUAAGAACAGUAGAAAUGCGCCAACACAAAGUUCAUUUAAUUUAGCAACAGUGUUUGUGACCAAAGGGAUAUCGUCUCAGAGGAACAUUAUAGGAAGUAGAACGAUGGAAGAGAUAUCCACUGAAAAUGCCAAGGUGUCGGAUUCCGGAUAUUCCAAUACCUGCAGCAAUUGUCAGUCACAACGGAGCAGUGGCAGCUCAAUUUCGAGAAACAGCAACCGCUCAGCGAGUAGCGGUUAUUGCGGUAGGCGUCCCUCGACAUUUGGAUCCAGCAAUGAAGCCCUACCGCAGCCAAUCAGCAAAAGAAAGGAUAAAGAACACAAGAAGAAGAAGUCGAAGGCGAUCUUGGCUGUUAACACCGAGUCAAACGUUACCUUGAAAAACGCCAGCACACCACCAGAGGCAGUCUCCUAUACUGUCGUCGUCCUAUCGAAACCUGUACUUGAAAAGAAACCAGAAGAAAUAGCCACUGUAGAAUUGGUGGACGCAACCGAUCCCGGAGAGCACAACGGCGAUACCGUCACAGAUGGCGAAGCAGGACUUGCUUCCCGUCCGAAUCCUCUGGAUGAUUCCACCUCUCAAGCAAAUGAGGGAUUCUGCGCGGUGAUCUCGAUGCACGACGGCCUGGUGCUGUACACGACAUCCUCGAUAUGCUCGGCACUAGGCUAUCCCAAGGACGCGUGGAUAGGUCGUUCCUUCAUCGAUUAUGUCCACCCCAAGGACAAGGCAACCCUGGCUGAACAGAUCACGCGUGGAGUGGCCUCGCCGCAGGAAGACAGACCGAAAGGUAUCAAUGGUAGAAGAGCAAGCUUGUUCUGCGGCCUGCGAAAAUACAUUAGAUCCGGCAUUCACCACUCGAGCAAUCAGCACAAGGAAGCAAGGUCGAAUUUCUAUCUUCCCUUCCACUUGACACUGUCGUUUAGGGAUUUUCGAGACCGUGCCACCGAGCAACAACACAAAGCGAUGUUUCUGGUGGUCACCGCACAACCUGUUCAUUCUGCAUACAAAGCGCCAGAAGAAACAAUAAUAUCUUCGAUAUUCACGACCCGCCACACCGCCACGUGCCACCUAUCUCAUGUCGAUCCCGACGUAGUCCAAUACUUUGGCUAUCUACCCCAAGAUAUGGUCGGUCGUUCGCUGUUCGACUUCUACCAUCCCGAGGAUCUGCCCUUCAUCAAAGACAUCUAUGAGACUGUGAUCAGGCUCGAAGGUGCCUCCUUCAGGUCGAAACCGUACAGGUUCGGGGUGCAGAACGGUGGCUACGUCGUCCUCGAAACCGAGUGGUCGUCCUUUAUCAAUCCAUGGACGAAAAAACUAGAGUUUGUCGUAGGUCAACACAGGGUACUCAAGGGACCUACGAGCCCGGACAUCUUCCGUGUGCCGCGCGCCACGGAGUUCGGUCAGCUGUCCAACAUUAGCGAGGAGGUUCUCAAAGAGGCCAAGAUCAUACAAGGAGAGAUACAUACACUUCUUGACGAGAACAUCCAAAGAAAGUCAGAUAUAACCAAGCACGACGUCUCAAAGAGGUGCAAGGACCUCGCGUCCUUCAUGGAAAAUCUGCUGCAAGAGACGAGGACGUCCGGUCUUGGCAAAGAUGUGCUCGCUACCGACGAAAGGAGUUUUUCGGGAUCACGCAAUCCCUUGUUACAGGAGCACGACAGCGUGAUGCUCGGUGAGAUAUCGCCCCAUCACGAGUACUACGACAGUAAAUCGUCCACCGAAACGCCGCCCAGUUACAAUCAGCUCAACUACAACGAGAAUAUCGAAAGGUUCUUUAAGAGCAAACCACCGGUAGCGACCAUGUACGGCAGCGACGAGGAGAAUAUCAAUUCCAGCAAUGACGAGGGCGGGAAGACCAGCCCGACAUCAGCAGGUGAGAUUUCCUUGAGGAGGUUUCGCUCAGCGAGGAAAUGCAUGUCGCCCAUAAACGGAAGUGGCGCAAGCGGUAGCGGAAGCGCGGAGAAUCUAAGCAGCGGCUCCAACAACCAAACCAGCUCAGCAAGCGGAGGAAACACCUCAAACACCACGCGCAACACUACCACCACGGAAAGUUUCAAGCCGCCUACUUUGACCGAGUCGUUGCUCAAUCGUCACAACGAGGACAUGGAAAAGCUGAUGAUGCAAAAGCACAGGGAGCUUCGUUCCAGCAUCAAGAACAGCGACAAGCUCAAGGAUUCGCGGAUAAAAACAACCACUGAAAGAGUCGCGGAACCCAACGCGCAUUUCAUCAAUCAGAAUCAUGGAGUGAAGAGAAGCGGUAGCCACAGUUGGGAUGGAGACAGUUUCAAAGUGUCGAAACACGACGAAACGUCAAGGACGAGUACAGCUGGCCAAUUUCCUGCAAACGUUGCUACUACGGUUACGAGCAUGAGCGUCGAUCAAUCAACUGUAAUUCAGACAGGUGCUAAUAUUAAUUUGUGGCAGCCUCUGUCGGUUACCGUGCCCCCGCCACCGCCUGUUCAACGAUGCAGUGCGCCGCAAAAUGCCCAUUCACAAGCAAUACCCAGAAUACCAAUACUACCAUCGAUGAUACCAGUAUACUAUGUUCCGGCUCCACAAACGAACGAUCCUGCAGCUUUAUCACCCCAGCAGGAGAAACUUAGCCUACCUCAAUCAAUGCAGCCUCCACAAUUAAAUCCUUACAUGUUUUUGCCAGUCUCAUACGUGACGACAACGAUGGCUGGCGUCAUUUAUCCUCCAGUAUUUGGUGCUCCUCCGAUGGGGAUGAUGUACAGACCAUUUUCGAACCCCGGUCAGACACCAGUUACGAGAGAGAAUAAUCUAUCUAGUACUAUCGACAAGUGUUCCGACCGGAAGCGACCAGCAAGCCAAGCGACGAGUGUCAAAGCUGAACCGGGAAGCACCAUGGCGAUGUCUGAAUCUUCUAAAAAGGUUCUAUCACCUGGUGAACUGUUCUCUUCAUGCGUGAGCAACGACGGAGGAUGCUCGAGCUUGGUGGACGCAUCCACUCCAGUAAAUCCAAAAGUCCACAAGCUGAACGAUUACAGCGUCGACGACUCGAGUUCGUCGAGCUUUUACAGUAGCUUCCUGUACAAGAGCAGCGACAGCAGCUGCAACCCAGACCAGAAAGCCAUGGACUAUCUGCCAGAGGACAACGCGAGACAGCAACAAGGUAAAAGAAGAAAAGAACCGCCGUGGCUCGAGGGUGUCCAACUGACGCCAGAAUUGAUAUACGAAUACCAGAUACAUCCGAAGGCUCUGAACGAAGUGCUCCAAGCCGAUAUGGACGCCUUAAAAAAUUUCAAUCAACCUCUCCUGGUGAACGACCAACUAGGACAACUCUAUUUAGACUUGGAAGUCGAGGGAUUCGAAACGAAGCUCGUUCUCGAGGACGGUAUCACGUCCAGCAGCAGCGACAGCGGUAGCAGCAACGAAAGUUGGACUGCAGGAACGAUGUCACAGCAAAAGCACAGAAGGAGAAUGGUGAAGUACGGUAAGCUCGUGAUGAUUCACGAAGAGAACGCGCCAAUGCCGCCUGCGUUACCACCGCAAACCGUGCCCUGCCAGCAGUUCUAGAAACAAUUCUGUGACGAUCAACCCUCCGACUAAACGUCGUUUUCAAGUUCGAAGCAAUCGUAUCCAGUGUCGUGCUUUGAAUUUGUUGUCGACACUUGGCUCGCCAACUGGACGCUGCACGCGAAUUUCGAUUUCAUCUCGACUAUUUUAUUAUAUUAUCGCGUAUAUUUUACGUUUGAAUUUCGAGGCAGAUAAAAUUGUCUGUAUCGCGCGUAUAUAUUAUCAACGUUUUCUUUUAUAUACAUAUAUUCUAUAUAAUAUUAUAUAUUCGUAGCUGUCGGAUAUAUUCGACCCUUUCUUACUGACAGAUAUACAGGGUGCCACGUAUAAAGUGUUUUCUGAGAAACUACCGAAGACGGGACAAUUUUAGGGGGUAACUGUUAGAGGGAAAAAGGUGAGACCCUGAAGUUUAAAUAGAAGGUGGUAUCAAUUUCUUAUUAUUCAGAUACAGUGGGUAUAGAAUGUAUUUGUACACCGAUCAAUUUCCAAAAAAACAAUGUGAAAUUGUAAUCCAUUAAAUUCUUUUUUAUAAACAAUGACAUUCUACAUAUUCUUGGAAAUCUUUGUAAUAGAUGCAGUAUAAAAAAAAUUAGUUAUUUAUAUAAAUUGCAAAAUUAACAAGAAAAAAUACGAAAAACUGGUAGAAAUAUAGAAGCAAUAAGUAUUCAAACAAAUGUUAAAUUUUCAAAACUUCAUUAAAAAAAAACAUGAAAUUUACAUUAAUUUAUAAAUAAUUAAUACUUCGUGGGAUUUCCUUUUAAUUUUAUAACUACUGCAACUCUUCUAGGCAUUAAAUUAACUAUCAUAAAUGUCGAUGUUAUUCGGGGUAGGAUCUUCUUUCAUUCCUUUAUUAGAGUAUUUUUUAAGUCCUUUUUACUGGAAAUUUAAUGUUUUCUAAUUCCCACGAAGCAAUAAACUGAUGUGCUUAUGUUACAAAUUCUACUGUAAAUUGUUCGUCAUAAGAACCGUGCGAAUACUUAUUGCUUCUAUAUUUCUACCAGUUUUUCGUAUUUUUUUGUUAAUUUCGCAAUUUAUAUAAACUAGUGAUUGUUGUUUGAACUAUAUUCUAGAGAUUUCCGAGAAUAUGUCAAAUAUCAUUGAUUAUAAAAGAAGCAGUUAAUAAACUACAAUUUCACACAAAAGUUUGUUGGGAAAUUGAUCGAUGUACGAAUACAUUUUACACCCACUGUAGCUUCAAUGAAAAUUAUUUCUCCCAACAGUGAUUCCAACAAUCCUUCUAACAGUUAAUUUUAAUUAAAAUCCCGAGAAACGAAAUUGAUAUCUUUAUAAGCAUUUGAGGAAACAGCUAGCAACGCUUUAUGUGGGACAUCCUGCACAUAUCUAGUAUGUAUAUACAUACUCCCAUAAUUAUUGCUAUUAUUGCUAUUGUUAUAUUUUUUAUAUUUCGAGAUAGAGUGUAAGAUAAUAAUUUCGUUAACGAUAAAUUUAGAGAAACUAGAACAUUUAAAUAUAAUGUGCAUACAUUUUUAACUGCCUCAGACGCGGUUUAUUCUCACCAAGACGUGCGAGUCAAUUCAUACGAUUUAGAUAUAAACGCUAUUUACACGAUAAGGAAUCUAAAUCAUACGUUUAGGAUCGGUUCCUCGAGACUAAAGUUCCUACUACUUCAUCGAACGUAACUCGUCGGUACGUUAUCGUCGCCCGCGAUUGUAUUUUUACAGACCCGUUAUGUCGAUGACGAUUUGUAGUCGUGAUUUUGUCACCGUUUGGAUGAUGGAGAGAAUUUUUCAUUGUUACGAAGUUUCUGUUAUCGGAUGUCCCCGUGAUUCUCGACAAUUGAAGCGAGAUACUUUUUAACGAUGGAUUUUUCGCGAAUAACGUUGUCUCGUUGGAUCUCGUUGUUUGAAAUGCGAGACAUCCGUUGGAAAGUUCGACGAUUGCAAAAUGUUUCAACCCCUUAAGCUACGAUUUAAACUCCGAUAGCCUGGGACCAAAAUGUGAUGUUUACAUUUGGCCCGAACAAUACACAAGGGCCAGGCUCGUGAUAAUCAGUUUUGGCCCGAAUAUCCGACCACGAGUCUCACGCGUGGUUGUAGCUUAAGGGGUUAAUAUAGGAUUAAUAGGGAAAGGAUAGUGGGGAUUAGAAAUUCGAGGCUCUGACGAUUCUUCAUAAUUAAUAUUAUUUCACGUUUCGUUAGAAUUGCAGAUAGCUUCAUCGAGGCCUAAUUGCACACUGAUAUCGAUGAAAGUGUAUCGUAGCAUUUUGCUAUCAAAAUGUUAAAAAGAUCAAUCUAUUUAUAAUCAUUACUAUUAUGUUUGUUACAUAUACUCUUACCCUUAAGUUGGAAAAAAUUGAGCAACGAUCAACCAGCCACGUAAAAUUUGUUAGAUUUUAAUCUUAAAAUACUUCACACGUUUCGAAUUGUAAAGAAAACUGAAUGUUAAUAUCAGUGAUCAAUGUCAGUGUGUCAAUUGCCCUCCAAAGAAGCUAGCUAUAUUACUUAGCGAAACGUCGGAGUAUUUAACAUAGAGGACACGAUUUGCAUCCAAAAGUUUCAAAUAAUAUCAACUAUGGUUAUAAAACUACAUUUUAUAUAAUUUUGUUGACAGCAGCCAUAGAAUUGGGUCGAGUUAUUUCGUUUUUCGUUUAAUAGACCUUUGUCGAAUACUCAAUAAUUUCCUAUUCUUUUUUUGCGAUUACCUUGUAAUAGGACUUACCUAAUUACGUUAGUUAUCUGGAGAGAGUUAAUGGAAUCAAACUCAUUUUGGAAUGACUGUUUUCAUUUUUAUCAGAAGCUAUUUUGAUAGUUAUUUCUAUUUAAUUUUAAUUGCAAUUUUCUUUGUACAGAAAAUUCUUUACUACAUGAAAUUAAUAAACUUAGUUAGUGGUUUUGAAGAGAGAAAUGUUGAAUAUAGUAUUUCGUUUGUCAAGUAAAUUAUAGGGGUGAUUUGGAGCGAGAAGAUAAAAUUAUUAUUUCAAAACGGGACCAAACGAUGAGGUAUUCAGCAUACCAUAUCGGAUAUGCUACCUCAGAAUGCGAAUGUUUGGGUAAAAUACGUAGAAAUGUAAAAUGGAGUCCAAUAGUCAUCGAUAUAUGAGACUGUGCUCGGUUAACCCUUAAACGACAUCGUGGAGGCCAUUAGAAAGUCCUCGUUACUUGGUUAAUUAAUUACUUGGCAUAUUUUGGGUUUACAUACAGUCGAAACAUUAUUAACCAAAUUACUUGCAAUGUAGACUGAAGUAAUCAGCCUCCAUUUAUUUUUAAACAAGCGAGUAUAUUAAUAAUUACUGUUUUAAAUAGUCGUUUAAGGAUUAAUUACACUGAGAGUUUUAUAUAACAGUGAGACUGUGACGUUCUGCAAAAGAUGUGGCAACUCUUUUUAUCCUAUACCAAGGCUGCGCACCAUGUCUAUCUCAGAGCAUGGCGAGCAUGCGAACUAGUGGCGCCACGUGUUGUGUUUUUAAAUUAAUAU